GACGCCGGGCACGGCUGGGCUGACCUCAGAGCUCCUCCUGUCAGUCCCUAGCUCUUGGGAAGCCGAUCCCUGUGUAUGAACGGUUUGCUGUUUUUAUUGCUGUUAUUUAGGAGACUGAAGUAUGGAAGGAAUAAAAUUAAAGAAAGAAAAAAGAAAGGAUAAAACAAGAAGUAAAAUUUUGGAGUGAAACUCCCGUUUUAGAAACGAUCGCUUCCUAAUUGCAGAAUAGACGUGAGGACUUCGGGAGACUACAUCUCCCUGCAUGCAGUGCGGUUUUUGUUUAAACUACAAAUCCCAGGAUGCCACACUAGGUGUUUUUUUUGUUGUUUUUUUUUUCCCUCUACUCCGCCAUGUAGUCAUCUGUGGGGUUAUGUACUGUCAGCGAGGAGUGGUUUCUGGAAGACGCUAUGUGUGAUUUGUGGCUGGAAAACAGAGAAGUAUUUUAUGUAUAAAUCGCUAAGAAAUAAGAGAUGGCUUUGGUGAAAAGAAGCCGUUGAGUACCUAAAGGACGUCGUAAGAAGAGAAUUUAAGGCACUACCAGCAGAAACUGUUGGGAGUGCAUUCGAUCUUCCCGAACGUACGCUUUACUGUUUUCUUCCGGGCUGCUUUGAACCUACCCAGCUGCCGUAGGCAGUGGGUCGAAAGUGCCGUUCAAAAUGGAAGUGAAUCCCCCCAAACAGGAGCACCUGCUGGCCCUGAAAGUGAUGCGGUUAACUAAACCUACUUUAUUCACCAAUAUUCCAGUAACAUGUGAAGAAAAGGACUUACCUGGAGAUCUCUUUAACCAACUCAUGAGAGAUGAUCCUUCAACCGUAAAUGGUGCAGAAAUUUUAAUGUUGGGAGAAAUGUUGACUUUACCACAGAAUUUUGGGAAUAUAUUUUUGGGAGAGACCUUUUCCAGUUAUAUCAGCGUUCAUAAUGAUAGCAAUCAAGUUGUUAAAGAUAUAUUAGUAAAAGCUGAUCUUCAGACAAGUUCUCAGCGUUUAAAUCUUUCAGCCUCCAAUGCUGCAGUGGCUGAACUUAAACCUGAUUGUUGUAUUGAUGAUGUCAUACAUCAUGAAGUAAAGGAAAUUGGAACACACAUCCUGGUGUGUGCAGUGAGCUAUACAACUCAGGGUGGAGAAAAAAUGUAUUUUAGAAAAUUCUUCAAAUUUCAGGUUCUCAAACCAUUGGAUGUGAAAACCAAAUUUUAUAAUGCAGAGACUGAUGAAGUAUUUCUCGAAGCCCAGAUUCAGAAUAUUACAACCUCACCCAUGUUUAUGGAGAAAGUUUCACUGGAGCCAUCUAUAAUGUACAACGUAGCAGAAUUAAAUUCAGUCAGCCAAGCUGGAGAAUGUGUAACUACAUUUGGGUCAAGAGCUUAUUUGCAACCAAUGGAUACACGCCAGUAUUUGUACUGCCUAAAACCCAAGAAGGAGUUUGCAGAAAAAGCAGGCAUCAUUAAAGGAGUAACAGUAAUUGGAAAACUGGAUAUAGUGUGGAAAACAAAUCUAGGUGAAAGGGGAAGAUUACAGACCAGCCAGCUUCAACGAAUGGCUCCAGGUUAUGGAGACGUUAGGUUGUCUUUGGAGGCAAUCCCUGAUACUGUAAACCUAGAAGAACCUUUUCAUAUUACCUGUAAAAUAACAAACUGCAGUGAAAGGACUAUGGAUCUGGUUUUGGAAAUGUGCAAUACCAAUUCUAUCCACUGGUGUGGCAUUUCAGGAAGACAGCUUGGAAAGCUACAUCCAAGUUCCUCUCUCUGCCUUGCCCUUACUCUCCUGUCUUCAGUACAGGGACUGCAGAGUGUCUCCGGCUUAAGACUAACUGACACGUUCUUAAAGAGAACAUAUGAAUAUGAUGACAUCGCACAGGUCUGUGUGGUAUCUUCGGCCAUCAAAGUGGAGAGCUGAAGAAAAUUUCCAGUGUUCUGCUUUUCAUUGAGUUUAACAGAACUUUCUGUAUUUCUGUCACCUUUGUGAAAUGAUCGAGUCUACAACAAAAAUAAGUAUCUAUUAUUUAAAUUUCUUUCCUGCAAAAGCUAAAAUAUUAAAUAUUUGUUUGAAAACAGCCAUCUACUGAUUUUAUCUUAUGAGUUAUAUUCUAAAAGAAUAUUUGUACAUUUUCUAUACAUCUCCUAUUUGAUUUCAUUUCUCACCACUGGACUUUGUUCUCCAAAAGCUCUGUAUUUGAGGCCAUUUACCCCUAGCAAGUAUCUGGAACAGGGGUUAGCAAACAUUUUAUGUAAAGGGACAGAUACUAAAUAUUUGUCUUUGCAGGGAAUGUGGUUUCUGUUGAAAAUUCUUAGCUCUGCUGUUAUAGUAGGAGAGCAGCCAGUAGGCAAAAAGAACACAGCAGUAUUUACAAAAACAGGCAACUGGCCAGAUUUGGCCCGCAGGCCAUAGUUUGCUGACCUUGACUUAGAAUAUAGAACUGUUUCUUAAAACUUUAGAUUAUUAUAAUACUUUAUUUAAAACUUUUCAAUUAGUCCAUUUUUCCCCUAACUCCUCAGUCAGCAGAAAAAGUUGAAAACUAUAGUAAAAAUAAUAAGUAAAUAAAACAACUAGAGUAGUCCCCGUGUAACCUUAUAUUGCAAACACAGUAUGAGUUCUCCUAGUGUUUUCAAAGUUACUAUAUUUGUAUGUAUCUGUUUGUAUGUACAUAUAAACAGAUCUAAAUUUCAGUUACUAACAGCAGAUAAGAAUUGGCUUAAUUUCUCGGAUUGUUGAUUACUCUAUUAACUUUUAACUAAGAAACCUGAUAAUUUUCUAACUCAAAGCCAGAAAGUUCCAGGGUUUUUUUUCAUAUUGAAAAACAAGUGACUUAUUUUCAUAAGGCAUAUUGAAAGGAUUUCUACCUUCUGAUAUUUGAUUUUGAACUCUAAGUCAUGCAUUACUACUACAAAACUAUCUGUAGAUGUAAUCACACUAAUUUACUUAUGUCAGGAACAAAACAGUGAGAAAGUUAAUAUUGUAAACAACUUUGAGGGGCUCCUGAGCGGCCCAGUCGGCUAAGUGUCCAACUUCAGCUCAGGUCAUGAUCUCGAGGUCUGUGAGUUCAAGUCCCAUGUGCGGCUCUGUGCUGACAGCUCAGAGCCUGGAGCCUGCUUUGGAUUCUGUGUCUUCUUCUCUGUCUGCCCCUCUCCCGCUUUUGCUCUCUCUCUCAAAAACAAAUAAAAACAUUUUUUUUAAAAAGAUUGUAAACAACUUUGCAACAUGAAUAUAGUAAGUUUCAAUAUUUUGUAAGGACAACAAAAGCUUAUGCUGUUAAAUAAAAACUUAUUUUGGUAAGUUGAAAUUCAAGAAUGUAUAUAGAAUCGCUUAACUGUUAGAGGUAUUAAGUCAAAUACAAAAAUUUGUUUUUCUUAAAUGCAUAAUUAUUUAUUGCCAUGACAAAUUAUUUGGUCCAAAGUGAAAGCUAUAUUCAGAAUGAGAUUUGCCCCUUAAGUUGCACUAAUAAUGAAAUCUGUGCAAAAUAAAGUAAAAGCAGUGUAAAGUUGAAGUCUGUCUUCCAGAAUAAGACUGAUUAAAUGAUAAGACUUGA